AUGUCGGUUACCACAUCGUUUGUUGUUAUUUCAGGAGGUUCAGGUUGCAAUGCUAUAGCACCUGCGUUUCAAAAUUUCAAUGCAAAUGUACAUUACGUGCUCGCUAUAUCCGAUAAUGGUGGAUCAACAAGCGAGCUUAUCCGAGUCCUUGGUGGGCCUAGCAUUGGUGAUUUACGUGCACGGCUAACGCGUUUGAUCGACACUACUCAAUCCGAAGAAAAGCAAGCUAUCAAAGACUUGCUCAGCUAUCGACUUUCCAAAUCGGCUGACAGCCACACUGUGCGUGAGGAAUGGAUGGCAAUUGUUGAAGGUCACCAUCGACUAUGGAACAAGAUACCAACCGAGAAAAAGGAAACGAUUCGAGGUUUUUUGGUGGCAUUCAAUACUGAAAUCAUCAAACGUGCAUACAAAUGCUUUGAUUUUCGAAAUGGGUCGAUUGGCAACUUUUUCUUAACGGGCGCACGGUUGUUUUUUGGAUCGCUUGAAGCAGCCAUUUUUUUGUUUGCAGCAAUCACGGGCAUUGAAGAUCGCACUUCUGUAUUACCAGUCAUUGUCACCAAUCACACAGCCGCCAUUGCAGCUGAACUUGAGGAUGGCGAUGUAUUACGUGGGCAGUGCGAGAUCAGCCAUCCUUCACCCAGCAGACGUCCAAGUCUUCGAAAUCCCAUGGAUACGUACACUGCAGUGGGAGGAUUACAAUCACCACCAGUACCAGAUGGAAGCCGUAACAUGAACAUGAAUUUGAUUUUCGAAAAGGCCACCGAGGAAAAGCUUUCAUCAGCCAUCACGCGCCUUUAUUACAUGAAUGAAUUCGGCCAAGAGAUAUAUCCAUGGCCCAAUCCAAAGGUCGUGGACAGCAUUAACGGCUCCGAAACGCUCAUCUAUUCCAUCGGCUCACUUUACACAUCCAUCUGCCCUUGUCUUAUUCUUCGCGGCAUCGGGAGAACCAUAGCACAAUCACCAUCACUGAAACGCAAAAUUAUGAUCCUCAAUGGCUUUGAUGACCGUGAAACGGAAGGAUGCACUGCUGUCGACUUUAUCAACAUCAUCACACACGCCCUCAACCAGAGUCAGGCUAUUGAUGCAAAACGUGAUUUUUAUGAGCGAAGGACACGUGAAGGAUUGAGACGGUUAUCGGUAGCCCAAUACGAAGGAUACCCAUUAUCGACGUCCAAGAAAAAGGAAACGGCUACUAUUGAUACUCGCGUGGAUGAGCUUUUGCCUCGAUCACCGCCAUCUGAUUUCAUCACCCAUAUGAUUUAUAUUUCAUCUACAGAAAUUGAGGUGGAUGUAGAAAGGAUUGAAAGUAUGGGUAUUCGAUGCAUCAAAAUCACUCAAGACACACCCGAAUACACCGACAAGUGCUUGCAGCCUGUGCUUGAACGAAUCAUAGCUGAGGAUUAG